UCCUCUUUAUGUCUCUCUCUCUCUCUUUGUCUCUUUCAAACCCUAAGAAUCGCUAUUGUUAUUUCGUGAUCGUAGCAUUGUCGAUUUAUAUAAGCUCCAAUUUCGAGCUCACACAUGUUCUGAUUUUUUGAUAAUCAGGGAUAAUGGAGGUUUUGAUUCCAGAGCAAGAAAGGUUGAGCAGGUAUCAAAACGAUAUGCGGAAAAUCUCCAAAUUUUCAAAGGUUCCCAGGAAUGGGGAAGUAGGAGAAAUCCUGGGACAUGGAAGUGAAGACUCAACAUCAAACAAGGAAGAGAAUGGCAAUGCUGGGUCAUCAGAUCUGAGAACAAAACUCUCAUCCAAAAAAAGACGGAACAAUCAUGAAAGGGAGUCCUCAUGUGGUCAAAAAGUAGCAAAGAAGCGCCGCAAUGCUUCAAACAAGAGAAGGGGAUUUGAGGAUGAUUCCUUUGAUUUCGAGUCUGAAGAAGAUGAAGAAAUUAAGUUUAUCCUGAAGGCAAGAACGCGGAAAAGAGGUGGCAAUUUGGAUAGCAUGAUGACUGAAGGAAAUACUAAUGCGAGUAGUGCAAGCAAGGACGCAUGCACUCCGAAAAAUGUGAAGGGAAGCGGAGAAGAUCACUUAAAAUGUCAUCAGUGUAUGAAGAAAAGAACUGUUGUCCCUUGCACCAAGUGUAAGAAGAAAAUGUAUUGCAUCCCGUGUAUCAAGCAAUGGUACCCUCACUUAAAAGAAGAAGAAAUUUCGGAGCUUUGCCCAUUUUGCCGUCGAAACUGCAACUGCAAUGCGUGCUUGCACUCAAAUGGGAUGAUUAAGACUUCAAAGAGGGACAUCUCUGAUAGUGAAAAGAUACAGAAUCUUCAGCAUUUACUUUAUUCUUUGCGCCCAUAUUUGAAACAAAUUUGCGAAGAGCAAACCAGGGAGAUAGAGAUUGAGGCUACUAUUCAGAGAAAAUCAUAUUCUGAACUUGAAGUACCCCAAGCCCUUUGUAAUAAUGAUGAGCGUGUCUUUUGUGAUCAUUGUGCAACUUCAAUUAUAGACCUUCAUCGAAGCUGCCCUAAAUGUUCCUAUGAACUCUGUCUCAAUUGUUGCCAAGAAAUUCGUGAGGGAAGUGUUACUAGCCGUCGUGAAGUAAAGUUUCAAUACAUCAACAGGGGCUAUGAGUACAUUCACGGUGGAGAUCCUCUACCAGAUUCUUCUCUUUCAAAAAUUUCAAAAGAACAAACUGAGUCCUUUACCAAUUGGAGUGCUAAUGAUGAUAGAAGUGUUAUUUGCGCUCCUAAGGAAAUUGGUGGGUGUGGUAAUUGUGUAUUGGAGCUCAAACGUAUCCUUCCUCAGGGAUGGAUUUCAAGUUUAGAAGUCAAAGCAGUAGAUUUAUUGGAUACGUUUAGAAUUGUUGAGCGCAAAUGUACUGAAAUGAGCAAGAAGGUGUUGCGAAGAGCAGCUUCUAGAUUAGAUUCUGAUGACAACUACUUGUAUUGUCCAGCUUCAAGAGACAUUCUUCAAGAAGAAAACCUUUUACAGUUUCGACAAUGCUGGACUAAUGGUAAUCCAGUUAUAGUUCGUGAUGUUCUCGAUCAGGCAACUGGUUUAAGCUGGGAGCCAAUGGUCAUGUGGCGCGCAUUAUGCGAAAAUGUGGAUUUAGAGAUCAGCGCAAAAAUGUCAGAAGUGAAAGCCAUUGAUUGCCUGGCUGGUUGUGAGGUGGAGAUUAGUACUCUUCAAUUUUUUAGAGGUUAUACAGAUGGGAGAAGGUACACUAACUUCUGGCCGGAGAUGCUCAAGCUUAAGGACUGGCCCCCCUCCGACAAGUUUGAGGAUCUUUUGCCCCGUCAUUGUGAUGAAUUUAUCCGUGUAUUGCCUUUUCAAGAGUACACAGAUCCUAGGGCUGGUAUCCUUAACUUAGCUGUCAAGUUGCCUCCAGGUGUCUUGAAACCAGACUUAGGUCCAAAAACAUACAUUGGUUAUGGGAUUUCAGAAGAGCUUGGAAGAGGGGACUCCGUAACUAAGCUUCAUUGUGAUAUGUCAGAUGCGGUGAAUAUUUUGACUCAUACAGCAGAAGUAGUGUUGAGUGAUGAGCAUCAUUCUGCAAUUGCAAGGUUGAAAGAAAUACACAAGGCCCAAGAUGAGAAGGAGCAUCUGGAUAGAGAGAAGUUAAAGUCUGACCAAGUUGGUCAAUGUGACAAUGAGGAGAUGGAGAUCUCAGAAAUUGCAGAUAUAGGAAAAUUCGAGAAUUCAAAAUUUAAGAUAGAAAGUGCUACUUCUCCAGUUUUUGCCUCAGAACAAGCAACAGAGGAAACAGGAAGUGCUCUGUGGGAUAUUUUUCGGAGGGAAGAUAUUCCUAAAUUAGAGGCAUAUCUUAGAAAUCACUCGAAAGAAUUUAGGCACACCUACUGUUCUCCUGUCGAGCAGGUUGUCCACCCAAUUCAUGACCAAUCUUUUUAUUUAACUUCAGAGCACAAAAGGAAGAUAAAGGAAGAAUUUGGUGUUGAACCAUGGACAUUCGAGCAAAGACUUGGAGAAGCAGUGUUUAUUCCUGCUGGAUGCCCACACCAAGUUAGGAAUCUCAAGUCAUGUACAAAAGUUGCUGUUGACUUUGUCUCACCUGAAAAUGUCGGUGAGUGCCUCCGUUUAACUGAGGAGUUCAGACUACUUCCCAUAAACCAUAAAGCGAGAGAAGAUAAACUCGAGAUAAAGAAAAUGGUAGUCUAUGCAGUUGAUCAAGCUAUUAAAGAUUUUGAAGCCUUGGUGUCAACCCAGAGGAGCAUCUCGGAAGCUUCAUUGUAGCCAUCCAUGGUCUUAAUCGUAAUUAGCCGGCGAAUCGUCCCUCUAAUGAUGUCUAUUUAAAAUAGUCGUCUUUUUUUUUUUUUUUUUUUUGGGAGUCAUUGCACCCAAUAAAAAUUGUGGGGGAACAUUAUACAUUUAAUAAAUUAAUCUAUAUUAGAAUUCUGCAUCAUCAAGGUCUUUGAGCCCCU